AGACGAGUUGCAAGGUGCGCGAAAAAUGGCGACACCAAAACAGAAAGAAAAGUUGACCAAAGAGAAAUCUAAAAAGACGGUGUCUCCAGGUUCUGAUAGAACACUUAGACAGAGGAAGAUCAAGGUGGAAACUGAAGAUGAAGACAGCUCAUAUAUGUCGUUAGAUGUCUUGGCACAAGUGGCAUCUGCUACACUGGAGAAAGAACCCGCAGGAAGCAAGCAUAAAUCUCCCGCAAAAAGGAUUACAAAGCGAAAUGUCCAGAAUUUGGAGAUGUUUAAUUUAGAACAGAUCCAGCUCUUAUCUGAGAGGUGUCUGGUUAACUUCUUCUCUAAGUUAACAUCCAAUGAAAUCACCAGAAAUUUUAUAUUUACCUGUGCUCUUAUGCCAGACAAAUGCGAGGUCCAGUACAAGAGUUUUGGUAAUGAAACUCAAGCCAGGCUGAGGAUGAAGAAACACCUAAAUGCUCACAUUCAGGAUCUGCUUAAAGAACAAAAAGAUCCUAAGAACAAGAACAUGCAAGAGUUUGUUGCUGAGCCAGUGCAUGUGAAAGAAAAACGACAGAAAGAAAUCUCAGGACCCAAAAGGAAACCAACAACAGGUAGCAAGAACUAUGUGUACAACAGAACCAGUAAACCUAAAAGAAAGAGAUACACAGAACUUGAUGCUCAGGUUCCAUCUGACCAGAAUGAAUUGGUAGAUGAGGCUGAUGUACAAAUGGAAAGGGUGGACGGUGAUGACAAGGAAAGCUUAAUACAGCAGCACUUUUCUGAGAGAAGCUUUAUGCUUAGAAAAUAUGCACACAAACAAUCAACUCGAUUACAGCAGAAACUAAUGAAGAAAGGAGAAACUACCAAAGAGGUCACGAUUGAAGGUGGGGAAGAGAGUGAUGUCGGUGACGACACGGAGAAAAGAAUUGAAGAGAACGAGCAAUUCAUUAUUGAGUUGUUAAGCAGAACUCAGCCUCAUCAUGAUCAUGGCUACACAACCAUAUUUGGUAAGAAAAAAGGAAUAGAAGACAUUGAAUUUGAGAGUAAUGAGGAGGAGGUAAAUGACAGUACUGACUAUGGUCAGAUUUAUGGGAAAACUGGCAUCAUCAUCCACCCAGACAGGAAGGCGGAGCCUAUCCUCUGUCUGGGCAAUGUGUCUGUUAUGGAUGAACUGUCAAGCAGUGGAACGAGUACAGAUGAAGCCUCAAAGACAAUAAUUGUGUGUGCUGAAGAGAUUAUUGAUGAGAAUCCCGAAGAAGAGAUCAAUCUAGUGGAGGGAACAGAAAAAGUGGGAGACUCCGGAAAACGACCUUAUCCACCCAUGCCACGGUUUCCUGGUGCUUGGAAAGGAAGAAUAGCAGAUGAUGAGUUGUACAAUGAUGAUGAAGAUUUCAGUAUGUUGAGAAAACGAAGGAAAGUGGACAAAGAAGGAUCUGCAGAAUGGGAAAGGAAAGCAGCACUGAAAUGUAUAAGAGAAUUGAAAGGGAAAAAGAAGGAUGACAAGCAACCUCUGUAUUGCAGAAUUUGUAAAGACAAAACUUUUACUGCUAGUGCUACUCUUAUGUAUCAUUACAGAAGUCAUGCAGGAAUAAAACCAUUUGUGUGCCUUAUUUGUAACACCACAUUCACAAGGCAGCACAGUUUGAACUAUCAUAUGCUCAUCCACAACAAUCAAAGCAGAUUUACUUGUAAGGAUUGCGGACGGAAGUUUAGACAUCCCAGUCAUUUCAAGGAACAUUUAAGAAGGCAUACAGGAGAAACUCCAUUCGUGUGUACAGAUUGUCCUCAAAGGUUCAAAACAAGAAAUACGUACAAAAGACACUUAAAGACCAGGCAUGGAAAACUCCUAACAGCUGAUGGAAUACGGUGGCUAAGUGUUGAAGAAUUUGCAAAAAUUCGCACAAAGCCAUACAGGCGGAGUCCCGAGCGUCAGAGGAGAAAGAGCAAGGAACAAACCAUUCUUCCGUCCCGGCGGUCAAUUGAUGUUGAGGGUCAGUCAGACUCGGACAGUAGCACUAUCUCUGUGACAGGUGACUUGGAUGAGUUAGUGGAUAUUAAAUUGGAGAUGGAUCAACCUUUGGAUUUAGGAGAAAAUCAAGCUGAUAUGUUGAGUGAAGUACAAGAUGUGGAUGACCAAGAUCAAAAACCUGUCCUUGACGAUCUUCGCAAAAUUAUUGUUCCAUUUGGAGUCAAUAUUGCAGUGAAUUCAUAGCAAGUGAAUCAAAAGUCCUUUGUUCUUGACUAGAUCUGAAAAAUAUUGCUUAUAGCAAAGUUGCCUUGUAGAUAAGCUACAGAUUUGCAAUAUAAAUUCAUUAUUUCUGGGAGCAAACAAAUUUUGUAUUAUCAAUUAUUAAAUUUUAAUCACAUUUUUGUACCUCAUACAGAAAUCUCAUUUGUAUAGAUUGUACUUUAAU